AUGUUACAGCAAGAAGUUGACGUUUCGACCACCUCCGUCGAUCGACUUCAAAAAAGUUCCGUGUCGAUAAAUCACUUACUGAUGCAGCAACAUUUAGCGCUGUUGCUUCACGCUGAACAUUGCCGUCGGUUGGGCAAGGAUUCGUCGAACAGCUGUUUGAUUCGACACUGUUGUGUGAUGCAGCAAGUGUUGAGUCACAUUGAGAGCUGCUUUCCUGAAGAGAACUGUUCCUUUCCUCAUUGUCGCUCUUCUAAACUCAUACUCCGUCACUUCAGACGUUGCCAGAAUAGAUCGUGUGAUGUGUGUGGCGCUGUACAAAAGCCCGUUGUCAAAAUCGGCAUUUCUCCGGCCACUUCGAAUGCUUUUACAAAUCACUGUGAUUUACCCUGUUUGGGUACAUCGAAUUCAGAUUCUAUGUCUGAUCUUUCUCCUCCUAAUGGUGUCAAGCAUUCAUCUUCGCCAGAGGGAGAAAAGUCCGUCUCUUUCGCUCUGACUGUGAAUGGCGAAAUCAGUCGGGGGAGUAACCGGAGCAUUUUCCAUCUUAGCGACCAACAACGUGAGCUAGCCAUGAAAAAAUUUGUCAAUGUAUCACUAUCCAUUUUCCCCACUGCUAACUCCACGGCCUACAGCGACCCUAGGAUGCGCCAAUUUUUGGACCACGUCAAGCGUAUGGAGAAAGACAUAUUCAUGAAGUCCAAGUCAGUGAAGGAUUACUACGCGGCCCUGACAACAUGCUAUCAAAGUAUUCACUCUGAGUUAAGAGAAAAACGGCGUCUGCGUGGCGCACGUUCCUCGGAACCAUCUAGCGAAUGUGCUGAUCUUAUGUCCUCUGAGCUCAGAUCUUCCGAGAAAUGUGACUUAUCUGCAACUAACAUAUCCGAUGGGUUUGAGGGUGUUAAUGUUUCUGACGCAUCGGAGGUGAAAAAUAAGCCGGAAGAACAAAUGCAAUCUCCAUCCACAGUGGUUCAAACCGAUUCGACUGUGAAAAAUCCAUGCAUUACGGAGAACUUUGUGCACGAAAAGCCAGAAGCAUGUACAGACGAUAACUCCCAUCCUCUCGUUGAUACGAAGCCUUCGGUUUCCAUUUCUCCUUCUCCAGCCAAGGAUGCUGUUGAAUCGGAGUCUCUAUCCAAGGCCACGGAUGUGGAACGUAUAAAAGCAGAUAUGGUCAAGCAUGAGGAGGUGGUUUCAUCUUCUAGCACUGCACAAACUGCACGCGAACCGACGAGUCGUGUCAUCUGGUACCCAAAUGAACUACUUCGCUAUUUCAUCCCAGUUGUUGAGAAAAUUAGUAAGGAGAAGGACGCAGAGCCGUUCCUGCAACCUGUGGAUUGGGAGUCUUUGGAAAUAUAUGACUAUCCCCAAAUAGUUUCAAAUCCAAUGGAUCUGUCCACUAUCCGUAAAAAGCUGGAAAAUCGUGAAUAUAAAGACCCAUGGAACGUGGUGGAUGAUUUUUGGCUUAUGUUGAAUAAUGCCUGGUUGUAUAAUAAAAAGACAUCCAAAGUAUACAAAACUUGUACAAGACUUUCAGAGAUUUUUGAAGCUGCGAUUGAUCCUGUCAUGCAGCAACUCGGGUUCUGCUGUGGUCGGGAAUAUUACUAUCAGCCACCUCCGCUUACCUGCUUAACUCCGAAAUUUUGUACUAUACACAAAGAUGCGGUGUAUUACGUUUACAAGAACGAUGACCACCUACCUGGCUUGUUGGAACAAAAGUACACCGUAUGUGAACGCUGUUACAAUGAAGCCGGAGAUGAAAUCAGGUUGGAUAGUGAAUCUUCAACGGUGGUAACCGUUCAAAAAGCUUCGAUGCAGAAAUGCAAAAACGACAAGAAAGAGAAGGAGCCGUUCGUGUUCUGUCGGAAAUGCGGUCGCAAGUGGCAUCGCGUUUGUGCUAUCCAUUUGGACGAAAUUUGGCCCGACGGUUUCAUUUGCGCUCAAUGUAUUAAGGAUCAUGGUCUUAAGCGACCAGAGAAUCGAUUUACGGCUCGCAAAUUGUCCACUUGUAAAUUGAGCAUUUUCCUUGAGAAACGAGUGAAUGACUUCCUGAAGAAAAAAGGUGUUAACACCGGCGAUGUGAUCAUCCGUGUCCUAGCGGCCGCGGACAAGACUGUGGAGGUCAAACCCGGUAUGAAAGCCAGAUUUUGCGAGUCUGGCGAGAUGCCGGAGUCAUUCCCGUACAGAGUGAAAGCAAUAUUUGCUUUUCAGGAAAUAGACGGACAGGAGGUCUGCUUCUUCGGUCUCCAUGUGCAGGAGUACGGUUCGGAGUGUCCUUAUCCUAAUACCAGGCGCGUUUAUCUUGCCUAUUUGGAUUCUGUGUACUUUUUUCGCCCAAAGCAAUAUCGGACGGAUAUUUACCAUGAAAUAUUGGUCGGUUACAUCCAUUACGCGAAACUGUUGGGUUUUACUAUGGCACACAUUUGGGCUUGCCCGCCAAGUGAAGGCGAUGACUACAUCUUUCAUAUGCAUCCACCAGAUCAAAAGAUCCCAAAACCGAAGCGCUUGCAAGAGUGGUAUCAGAAGAUGUUGAAAAAGGCUUUAUUGGAGCGCAUUGUUGUAGACUAUAAGGAUAUCUGUCAAGAUGCUUGCGAAUCCCGCUUGGUGUCUCCAACUGAGUUGGCUUAUUUCGAAGGCGACUUCUGGCCGAACACAUUGGAAGAGCUGUUUAAAGAAAUGGAUGAAGAGGACGCUCGUCGAAAACGCGAACAGGAGGCUCUUGCGCGCGACGACGAGGAGGAGGAUGCAAAAGAAACUGUGCAGACAGGAGAUAGUGACAAUAAUCCGGGAAAAAAGAAGGCAAAGAAACGAAAGUUAAAGCGCAAUCCUUCAUUGUCCCUGACUGGGAAAAGAAAACGACUAAACGGCAAUGGUUCUGCCGAUUUAGCGAACGAGGUGGCCAGGAGGGUAUAUGAGAUUAUGGAAAAACACAAAGAGAACUUUUUUGUCAUUCGACUGCAGCCACAGAACAUGGUUUCUUCUCUGCCCCCGAUCAAAGAUCCUGACCCAUUGAUCAGCUCUGAUCUGAUGGAGUGUCGUGGGGCUUUUCUUGAGCGGGCACGAGAAAAACACUUGGAAUUCUCCUCUGUCCGUCGUGCUAAAUAUUCAACAUUGGUUAUGCUAUACGAAUUACACAACGAAAAUCGGCAGCCGCUCAUGUACACUUGCAAUGUAUGUAGCGUGCAGUUAGAGACGCCAUGGCACUGUAAGCAAUGUGUCGAGUACGACCUGUGCUCCCGAUGUUAUGAAACCGAGAAUCAUCCUCACCCUAUGGUUCAGGUUGGCCUUGGCUUGGAUGAUGGCAGCAGAGGUCAGGAUAUGGACAGCGAUUCAGCUGCUGUCCAAGAGUCCGGACGUGACAAACUCAGUCGUCUGGUGAAGGCAUUAAGUCACGGUUGCUCUUGUCGUGAUGCUAAUUGCCGAGUGUCUGCUUGCAAAACGAUGAAGUCUAACGUUCAACACUUCCGAGUACAUGCAGCUGCGGCGCGCAAUCAGUGUCCCAUCUGUCGUUCUCUCUCGUUUCUGUGUUAUUACCAUUCAAAGACUUGCCACGAGCUUAAAUGUCCCGUCCCUCUCUGUCCGAAACUGAAAGCUAAGAUGAAACAACAGCAGAAACAGCAGCGUUUGGAGCAGACUCAGAUGCUGCGCCGACGCAUGGCUACAAUGCAGCGGUAUCAUAACAUGACACCAAAUCAGCCCAGUGGUCCUUCACAACCCACUCCCCACCAGAUGUCAUCAGCUUCUGACUGCACUCCUUCCCCGGCCUCAGGCAGUAUGCAGUUGUCUCCUUACCCCCCCGCCACGUCUGCAGUUACUGGGGCCUUGUCUUUCAACCCCAUAUCAUCUCCCUUAUCUCGUUCCCAGGCUUCUCUGCCCUCACCGCAGCAACCAUCCUUCAUCCAUCAUUGUGGUUCUGGCGGACAAGUCUCACAUCCAAAGCCGGUGGCAGCAAACUCGGGAGUUCAGUUGUCGCCGUCCAUCACUUCUCCACAACACACGGCCUCGUGUCCGUACUCAUCAACUAGCCCGUACAGCUUCGGCCCCCAACCGUUUCCUUCUUAUGUGGAUCCCGCCGAUGCUAGCAACUUGGAUGGUGUUGCUCCAGGUGCCUAUCCUUAUACCGCGCUUUCCAGAAGCCAAUCUGCUUCCACUGUUCCUUGCCAAAUGGGUUUCCAGGCCUCAGGUCAGCUCAAUACCCGCCAGCACUCCUCUGAGCGUCCACAGUCAACUCAAUACGGUUCUGGUCCAAGUCUCCCACAGUUCACAACCACUGGACAUCCCCAAUUGAUGCGACAGUCUCCGGGUCUCUCUCAGACCACUAAUGCUCCAUCAUCUCCACGCUAUCAGCAACAGCAAAUCUAUCCCGGCCAGACUUCACAGCUUUCCGAUAACUUGCCCUACUUAUCACAUGGGCCUGCAUCCACUUCCCGAUUGUGUCCGGAACCGGAACAUCCGCCAUACUCUCGGUGCAAACAACAGCCCCUACCGCAAGCGUUUUCCCAGCAACGACAGUUGUCACAAGUGACUUUACCUGGUAAUGCCGAACUCCAGCAUUCCAUUUCCUCACCGCAAUGUUUAUAUCAGGAGACUUGUGGUAGUCCCGGCCCUCAUUGGAGGCCGUCUGCUUCUCAUUUGAGUUCUUCUACACUCGGAAAUUGCUGUUCUGGUCCUGCUCUUCGGUCCCCACAUAGUGGCAACAGCCCUUGCGCUCCCAAUGUUACCGUUGCACGUGCAGCGUCUCAUACUUUAGCAUCCGCUCCUCAUGCCUGUGUCACACCUCCAAUGAACAGUGGUGGGAUCCCUACUGAGGAUAUCCACCUUGUCAGACAGACAUACAAUGAGAUGCGUCAGCGUGGUGCGCUAGCUGAAUUCUCCAGCUGGAUCAAUUCCAAUCCUCACUUGAUACGUGCCUGGCAGUUCCUGCAGCAAUCACACAUGUACGCUCAGCAGUUUCAGUAUCAACAGCAGCAACAACAACAGGCCAUGGGAGUCGGGAUGCAUGGAAGUAUCAUUCCGCCGCAACCACUGAACAACUACUCCAUGGGUCAGGUCUCUUCCUCCACUUUUCAACCAAGUUUGGCCGUACGAGGCGGCCGUCACCCGUCCCACUUGCAGAUGCCACUAGCAUCUAGCCAAUCUUUACCUCAGGGACAGGCACAACAAUGGGCUUCUAUGGCUCCUCAACAGACGCGCCUCCGCCCCACCAUCGUUGGCGCGCAACCUAGUCUCUAUUAUUCACAGUCCGACAGAUUGUGUGCAACGUACACUCCUGGCGUCCCACAACAACAGACCAGCACUUCACCAAGGUAUGCGGAUCACCCCGGUAAUUCCCGUUCGUCUCUACAGGUGAACUCUUCUAGUCAGAUAUCCUCCGGGAACACUCAACCCCGUUCUGGGAGCGUGAUGCCACAAGUUUCUCCUCAUUUACAGCAACAGUUCUCCUCUAGAUGCAGUGGUAACUGUGCAACACUCACCAACGUUUCCUCCAUUGGGCCACUACCUGUUCCCGGUUCCACAAUGACCUCAAGGUCUGGCCAACCCCUUCCGCAAUAUUCUUCUGCCAUGUUAUCGCAACUUCUAGGCCCUGGUCAAUCGACCGGAGGUGGUCCAGGUGCUCCCAUGUCAGCUCAUUUCCCCGCCAACCCCUUCGCCUCUUCUCAGAUGCUAUGA